AUGGAGAACCUUGGUCUCGUUCAAUGUAAAAAGCUACCGGUUGCUCUGCCUGCCACGAUUUCGGUUGACGACCUUAAUGGACACUUUGUGUCUAGCUCCGUGAAUCCUUUAUAUGAUGGUCCAGCAGUUCAGAUUUCUACCGAAAGGUGUAGUGAACCCUUCACAUUUUCACCGAUCACGAAUAGAUGUGUCAGCAGUGCGCUAGCACGAAUUACAACACGUGCAUGCGGCCCUGAUAACCUUCCGAUACAGGCCUUUAAAACAUUCAAAGAACUGCUUAAGUAUGCCGCAGAUGGGCAUUUUCAUAACUCGCUACUAACAAUGGCAUCGAUCCCGUCGCGAUGGAAAUCUUCAAUUGUUGUACCUAUAGCAAAGGUUUGCGAUCCCACUAGCCCGUCAGAUUUCAGACCGAUUUCACUUCUAUGCGCGCUCUCUAAGGUUCUUGAACGUAUAGUGUACGACCAACUCGUGGUACAUCUAGCGUACGGGAACUACCUCGAUCCACGUCAGGUGGCUGGUCUGGUUUUCGUGAGGGCAUGGGAAUACAAUCAGCCGUCUUGCGCUUGGUGGAUGACUACUUUUCCAAAGCCUUUGACACCAUCAACCAUGCGCUGGUUCUAUGGAAGCUACGAUCUUUUGAUUUAUCUGACAACGUGGUUGAGUGGUUCAAAUCUUACCUGCCGUACGCAAGUGGUUUGCGACCCUACUGGUGUGACCUCGGGGCUACGCCCUCUCUUGUCAGGUGUGCCGCAAGGCAGUGUUCUUGGGCCGCUAUUAUUCACACUUUUUGUAAACAAUCUCCCUCAGUGCCUCUCGCGAUGUCGACAUUUGCUUUAUGCAGAUGACCUUGUGAUUUAUCUCAGUUGUUUGCCGUCUGAUAUGAAUGAAGCGUCAGCCGCGGUCAAUGCUGACAUCGAGAGCGUCUGGUCGUUGAGUGCGAGGAACCGACUUAGCCUGAAUGUUAAUAAAACUAAAGCUAUGGUCAUUGGUAGCUCUAAAUAUAUAAACGCGAUAAGUGCAAUGCAGCUUCCUUCUCUUUGUCUGGGGGGCCAUCCAAUUGACUUUGUAACCAGCUUACGCACCUCGGCAUCGUAA